UCAGCGGAAUGGCGACGAGCGCGAGGACCCCAUAUUUUCGCACCGUCUCCUGUUCUUCAAUCUUCACCGUCGAAUUCUCCCAUCACGGGAAGACGGGUAGCUUCAAUAAUAAGUAGAGAACAAAAAAGAGAGAGAGGGGAACAGCAAGAAGUUGCAGGAUAAAACAGAGAGAGAGAGAGAGAGAAGCAGAGGACGUCCAAGAGGCUGACGAAGAGGACAGGCAGAGGCAGAGGCAGAGGCAGAGGGGCAGAGAUUGCAAGUUCUUGGAGCAACGCCGAGGGGGAAAGAGGAUCUGGGUCGUGUUUGUUUUGACGGAAUUCUCCCAUCUUUUCCCCGAGAAAACUCGUUGAGCUUUUGGAUGCGCUUGCUUCUCCUACUACGGCUUUCUCCUUGCUAACUGGGCACUUCCUCGCUGUGGAUUUCCUUCUUCAUCUGGAUCGUUUAAGAAGGUGGUCUCCUUCGUUGGGUUGUGGAAAUGGAGAAGGAAGAUAAGGGUCAAAGGAGCGAUCUUAAAGCAUCGGAGCCUGAUUUUCUCCUACAGUGGGGAAACAGGAAGCGGCUCAGAUGCGUUAGAGGCAAAGAGUCUGGAGUCUCCCACAAAUUCAGCGGCGGUAUUCGCCGGAAAAUUACGUCCCAGGUCGAUCGCUGUUUCAUGGCGGCUGCUGAUAAGGAAAAUUCGCAUCUUCAAGCACAUCGCUUCACCAGGAAUUCUGAUGGGACAACGCAUCGGUCUACCUUGAACGAAAACCCGAAGUUGGCGUCGCCGGAGAAGGAGGACCGGUACUAUUCGACGAGAGGAUCGGCUGGUGUGGAUGAUAAUGGGAAGGUUCCGGUGGACGUGAAUGGUAACAUAGAAGAUAGAGGGCUGGUUUGGCCUAAGCUGUAUAUUGCUCUUUCGAGCAAAGAGAAAGAAGAAGACUUUCUUGCCAUGAAAGGGUGUAAGCCCCCCCAGAGGCCUAAAAAGAGGGCCAAGAUCAUCCAAAGAACAUUACUUUUGGUCAGUCCGGGGGCGUGGUUGACUGAGAUGUCGCAAGAAAGAUAUGAAGUGAGGGAGAAGAAGAAUUUAAAGAAGAGACCAAGGGGCUUGAAGGCCAUGGGUAAUGUGGAAAGUGACUCGGAGUGAGUCUGUUUUAUGGAUGAUUUUUUUAAUGAUGACGGAAUGGUUUGAGGAUUUGUUAUGGAGCGAAGUGGAAGAGUUCUUAGUGUAUAUGUUGUGCUUGUAAAGUAAGUCGUCUUCCAUCUUAAGGCGACGAGAGUGGUCGAUCGUCUCAUCGCCCUGUAAUUUUGACUCAUUGUUCUUUGUCAUUGGGAUGAUUCCACCAUGGGGAAAAAAAGGACGAUGCCGAGAGCCUCGUGCUUUUGCUCCGGUGGCUAUUGAAAUGUGUCUAAAUUUUAAUUUGUUCA